CCCUUCACUCUCCCCCGCACCCUCCCCUUCACUCUCCUCCGCAGCCCCCCUCCCUGGCCGCGGCGGCCCGACCAGCGCUCGGCCUCUGCAGAGGCGCAGCCCGCCCAAGCCGAGGCUGCUGAGGAGAAGAAGGACGACGACGAGGAGGCGGCCGAGGAGAAGGAGGAGCGGCAGCGACGGGCAGCACCAUGGCAGCGUCCGAGCUCUACACCAAGUUUGCCAGGGUUUGGAUCCCUGACCCUGAGGAAGUUUGGAAGUCAGCAGAGCUCCUCAAAGAUUACAAACCAGGAGACAAGGUGCUCCAGCUUCACCUUGAGGAAGGCAAGGACUUGGAAUAUCGUCUGGAUCCAAAGACGAAGGAGCUACCACAUUUACGAAACCCUGAUAUCCUGGUGGGGGAGAAUGACCUCACGGCUCUUAGCUAUCUCCAUGAGCCGGCGGUGCUUCACAAUCUCCGAGUGCGCUUUAUUGACUCCAAACUCAUUUACACUUAUUGUGGUAUUGUCUUAGUAGCUAUAAACCCCUACGAACAGCUCCCCAUCUAUGGCGAAGAUAUCAUUAAUGCAUACAGUGGUCAGAAUAUGGGAGAUAUGGAUCCCCACAUAUUUGCCGUGGCAGAAGAGGCCUACAAACAAAUGGCCAGAGACGAACGGAAUCAAUCCAUCAUUGUGAGCGGCGAGUCGGGAGCGGGGAAAACCGUCUCGGCUAAGUACGCCAUGAGGUACUUCGCGACCGUGAGUGGCUCGGCCAGCGAGGCCAACGUUGAGGAGAAGGUCUUGGCUUCCAACCCCAUCAUGGAGUCGAUCGGAAAUGCCAAAACCACCAGGAAUGACAACAGCAGUCGGUUUGGGAAAUACAUUGAGAUUGGUUUUGAUAAGCGAUACCGGAUCAUUGGCGCCAACAUGAGAACGUAUCUCCUGGAAAAAUCCAGAGUGGUGUUCCAGGCAGAAGAGGAGAGAAACUAUCACAUCUUCUACCAGCUCUGUGCUUCAGCCAAGUUACCUGAAUUUAAAUCGUUGCAUUUAGGGACUGCAAAUUACUUCCACUACACCAGGCAAGGAGGCAGCCCUGUGAUCGAUGGGAUCGAUGAUGCCAAAGAAAUGGCGCAGACCAGGAAAGCGUGCACUUUGCUAGGUAUUAAUGAGGUCUACCAGAUGGGAAUUUUUCGAAUCCUUGCUGGCAUCCUACACCUCGGCAAUGUUGGGUUUACGUCCCGCGACUCUGACAGUUGCACGAUACCCCCCAAACACGAACCUCUUGGCUUCUUCUGUGACCUCAUGGGAGUUGAAUAUGAAGAGAUGGCCCACUGGCUUUGCCACAGGAAGCUGGCCACCGCAACUGAGACUUACAUCAAACCCAUCUCCAAGUUGCAAGCCGUCAACGCCCGGGAUGCUUUAGCAAAACACAUCUAUGCUAAACUUUUUAACUGGAUUGUGGAUCAUGUCAACCAGGCGCUUCAUUCUGCUAUAAAGCAACAUUCCUUUAUUGGCGUACUGGAUAUUUAUGGGUUUGAAACGUUUGAGAUAAAUAGCUUUGAACAAUUUUGCAUUAACUAUGCCAAUGAGAAACUGCAGCAGCAAUUCAACAUGCAUGUGUUUAAACUGGAACAGGAAGAGUACAUGAAGGAACAAAUUCCAUGGACACUCAUAGACUUUUAUGAUAACCAACCUUGUAUUAAUCUUAUAGAAGCAAAACUGGGCAUUCUGGACCUGCUGGAUGAGGAAUGCAAGAUGCCAAAGGGUUCGGAUGACACCUGGGCCCAGAAGUUGUAUAACACUCAUUUGAACAAGUGUGCCCUUUUUCAGAAGCCCCGACUAUCAAACAAAGCCUUUAUCAUCCAGCAUUUCGCUGACAAAGUGGAAUACCAAUGUGAUGGCUUCUUGGAAAAGAAUAAAGACACAGUUUAUGAAGAACAAAUUAAGGUUCUUAAAUCAAGUAAGAAGUUUAAGAUGCUGCCAGAAUUAUUUCAGGAUGAUGAAAAAGCUAUCAGUCCCACAUCAGCCACCACUUCGGGGCGCACCCCGCUCUCCCGAACUCUUGUGAAACCCACCAAGACCAGGCCAGGCCACGUGACCAAAGAGCAUAAGAAAACAGUGGGACACCAGUUCCGAAACUCCCUUCAUCUCCUGAUGGAGACCCUCAACGCUACAACUCCGCACUACGUACGAUGCAUUAAACCUAAUGACUUCAAGUUUCCAUUCACGUUUGAUGAGAAGCGGGCGGUGCAGCAGCUGAGGGCAUGUGGCGUCCUAGAAACCAUCCGAAUUAGCGCAGCUGGGUUCCCCUCCAGGUGGACAUAUCAAGAGUUUUUUAGUCGCUACCGAGUCCUCAUGAAGCAAAAAGAUGUCCUUAGUGACCGAAAGCAGACGUGCAAGAAUGUGCUGGAGAAACUGAUACUGGACAAGGAUAAAUACCAGUUUGGUAAGACUAAGAUAUUUUUCCGUGCCGGUCAAGUAGCCUAUCUGGAAAAACUAAGGGCAGACAAGUUGAGGGCUGCCUGCAUCCGCAUCCAGAAGACCAUCCGGGGUUGGCUGAUGCGAAAGAAGUAUCUGCGGAUGAGGAAGGCGGCCAUUACCAUCCAGAGAUAUGUCCGAGGCUAUCAGGCGCGAUGCUAUGCCAAGUUUCUGCGCAGAACUAAGGCAGCCACCAUCAUUCAGAAGUAUCGGCGCAUGUAUGUGGCCCGUAGAAAGUACCGGCUCAAGCGGAAAGCCACCAUCCUUCUCCAGGCUCACUUACGAGGAUUCUCGGCCAGGAAUAAGUAUCGGAGGAUGCUCCGGGAACACAAGGCCGUCAUCAUCCAGAAACGCGUGCGGGGCUGGCUGGCCCGGACUCACUACAAGAGGACCCUCCGGGCGAUAGUCUACCUCCAGUGCUGCUUACGCCGGAUGCUGGCCAAGCGAGAGCUGAAGAAGCUGAAGAUCGAGGCCCGCUCCGUGGAGCGUUACAAGAAGCUCCACAUCGGCAUGGAGAACAAGAUCAUGCAGCUGCAGCGCAAAGUGGACGAACAGAACAAAGACUACAAAUGCCUGCUGGAGAAGCUGACCCACCUGGAGGGAACCUACGCUACGGAGACGGAGAAACUACGGAGUGACUUGGACCGGCUUCGCCAAAGUGAGGAGGAGGCUAAGAUCGCCACCGGCCGCGUCCUCAGCCUCCAGGACGAGAUUGCCAAACUCCGGAAGGACCUGCAGAAAACGCAGAAAGAGAAAAAGACCAUUGAGGAACGGGCCAGCAGAUACAAACAGGAAACAGAGAAGCUGGUCUCCGAUCUGACAGAACAAAAUAUACUGCUGAAAAAGGAAAAAGAAGAACUCAAUCGCCUUAUUCUGGAGCAGGCUAAGGAGAUGACAGAGGCCAUGGAGAAGAAGUUAAUGGAGGAAACCAAACAGCUGGAACUUGAUCUGAAUGAUGAACGGUUGAGGUAUCAGAACCUCCUGAAUGAGUUCAGCCGCCUAGAGGAACGUUACGAUGACCUCAAAGAAGAGAUGACCCUCAUGGUGAAUGUUCCCAAGCCCGGUCACAGAAGGACUGACUCCACCCACAGCAGCAAUGAAUCCGAAUACACCUUUAGCUCUGAGAUUACUGAAUCGGAAGACCUACCAUUGAGAAUGGAGGAGCCAAGUGAGAAAAAAGCACCUCUGGAUAUGUCCUUGUUUCUCAAGCUGCAGAAGAGGGUGACAGAACUGGAGCAGGAAAAACAAGCCAUGCAAGAUGAACUGGAUAGGAAAGAGGAACAGGUGCUCCGGAGCAAGGCCAAGGAGGAAGAAAGACCCCAGAUUAGAGGUGCCGAACUGGAAUACGAGUCGCUCAAGCGUCAAGAACUUGAAUCUGAAAACAAGAAACUCAAGAAUGAGCUGAAUGAGCUCCGGAAGGCCCUCUCGGAAAAAGCGGCCCCAGAAGUGACCGCCCCAGGGGCCCCUGCUUACCGAGUCCUCAUGGAGCAGUUGACGUCAGUCAGCGAGGAGCUGGAUGUGCGCAAAGAGGAAGUUCUGAUCCUCAGGUCUCAGCUGGUGAGCCAGAAGGAGGCCAUUCAACCCAAGGAGGAUAAGAAUACAAUGACUGAUUCCACAAUCCUCCUAGAGGACGUACAGAAGAUGAAAGACAAAGGAGAAAUAGCCCAGGCUUACCUCGGGCUGAAGGAAACCAACAGAUCUUCCCCUAUGGAUUGCCAUGAACUGAAUGAGGAUGGAGAGCUGUGGCUGGUUUAUGAAGGGCUAAAACAAGCCAACAGGCUCUUGGAAUCACAGCUCCAGUCCCAGAAAAAGAGCCAUGACAAUGAGGCAGAGUCCCUGCGUGGAGAGAUACAGAGCUUGAAGGAGGAGAACAACCGCCAGCAGCAGCUGUUGGCCCAGAACCUGCAGCUGCCGCCAGAGGCCCGGAUCGAAGCAAGUCUGCAGCACGAGAUCACCCGGCUGACCAAUGAGAAUUUGUAUUUUGAGGAAUUAUAUGCAGAUGACCCCAAGAAGUAUCAAUCCUAUCGGAUAUCACUUUACAGACGGAUGAUUGACUUGAUGGAACAACUUGAAAAACAGGACAAGACUGUCCGGAAACUGAAAAAGCAGCUGAAAGUGUUUGCUAAGAAAAUCGGUGAACUAGAAGUGGGCCAGAUGGAAAACAUAUCUCCUGGACAGAUCAUCGAUGAGCCCAUCCGUCCAGUGAACAUCCCGAGGAAGGAGAAAGAUUUCCAGGGAAUGCUGGAAUAUAAGAAGGACGAUGAGCCGAAACUCGUCAAGAAUCUCAUCCUAGAUCUGAAACCACGCGGCGUGGCAGUGAAUCUGAUCCCUGGGUUGCCGGCAUAUAUUUUAUUUAUGUGUGUCCGGCACGCUGACUACCUGAAUGAUGAUCAGAAGGUGCGGUCGUUGUUGACCUCGACGAUUAACAGCAUCAAAAAAGUACUGAAGAAAAGAGGCGACGAUUUUGAAACUGUCUCCUUUUGGCUCUCAAACACCUGCCGAUUUUUGCACUGUUUGAAGCAGUACAGUGGAGAAGAGGGAUUUAUGAAGCACAACACGUCUCGCCAGAAUGAACACUGCCUCACCAAUUUCGACCUGGCUGAGUACCGGCAGGUGUUAAGUGACUUGGCCAUUCAGAUCUACCAGCAGCUUGUGCGAGUGUUAGAAAAUAUCCUACAGCCGAUGAUUGUUUCUGGCAUGUUGGAACACGAAACGAUUCAGGGGGUCUCUGGAGUGAAGCCGACGGGGCUGCGGAAGAGGACCUCCAGCAUUGCCGACGAAGGGACCUACACCCUGGACUCCAUCCUCCGCCAGCUCAGCUCCUUCCACUCAGUCAUGUGUCAGCACGGGAUGGAUCCCGAGCUCAUCAAGCAGGUCGUCAAGCAGAUGUUCUACAUCGUUGGGGCCGUGACCCUGAAUAACCUCCUCCUGCGUAAAGACAUGUGCUCCUGGAGCAAAGGCAUGCAGAUCAGGUACAACGUCAGCCAGCUGGAAGAGUGGCUCCGGGACAAGAAUCUGAUGAACAGCGGAGCCAAGGAAACUUUGGAGCCCCUCAUUCAGGCCGCCCAGCUGCUGCAGGUGAAGAAGAAGACAGAUGAAGACGCAGAAGCCAUCUGCUCGAUGUGUAAUGCUCUAACCACGGCACAGAUUGUCAAAGUUUUGAACUUGUACACCCCAGUGAAUGAGUUUGAAGAACGAGUCUCUGUGUCGUUUAUCCGGACCAUUCAGAUGCGUUUCCGAGACAGGAAGGAUUCUCCCCAGCUGCUAAUGGAUGCUAAGCACAUCUUUCCUGUUACGUUUCCCUUUAACCCAUCCUCUCUUGCGCUAGAAACCAUCCAGAUUCCAACCAGCCUAGGUCUGGGAUUCAUUGUGCGGGUCUGAACAGGAAAGCACCCAGCCUAUCAGCCGUCGAACAAGAAUUUUCCCGCCUGAAGCCUGAAUCCAUUUCCCCACAGAGCUACUGAAGCACAUUUUUCAAAGAAGCAGUACCAUAUGUUUCCAUGCCCCCCGCCCUCGCCCCUCACCCUCCAUUCCCCAGGGGGAGGGGAGGUGCGGGGGAGAAAACUGUAGCUGGGUCACUGCAAAUCUGCCUAAGAUUCCUGUACUUCCUUGGAUAGAAAGAUGUGCUCCUGUAGCAAUCCUUACUUUCACACUGAUAGCGCACCCCGAUCUUUGAGAUAGCUGGAGUUCGAAUACAGGCAUGUGGCCAGCUGAAAAACGUGGCUUCAGCUGCCGAGAGCUGUCUUAGAGCCUUAGUCCGUAUUUAAAUAGUGUAAAUGAAUCUUAAUUCCAUGUGUGAGCUGCUGUCAGGGCGGGGCCAACAGGAAUGAACAGGGUACUAAACGGAAGAGCGGAAAGAAAGGAAAAUAAUUGCCGAGGUGUAGCCCCUUAGAGAACCGUUCUGUGUUAAGCGUCAACCCGGAAUGGAGAAACAGGCAAUAUGUAAAGUAAUUUAUCAAGUUGCUUCCUUACCUGUGUCACUUUGUGAUCAAUUAAGAGGUAUUACAAGGUCUCCUGGCGUACUCAAUAGCAUAGAUAUUCAUUUGAUAGCACCGUAGUUUUCCCGAGCAUAUUAACUGCUGCUGCGUACUGUGUUCUUUUAAAUGUACAACAAUAUUCUUCGUAGACACUACAAAAAUAAGAUUCUAUUUAUUAACUUUGUUUACAAUCCAAUACGAUCCAUUAAUUUAACUGGAUUAUAUGCAAAUGUCAACAACUAUCACCUAUUAUGGAAUAUGGUAACUAAGCACAAGUAGCACACUGGAAGUGACAAGAUAGUUUCAUUUAAUGUAGCUUAUUCACAUGUUCAAACUUUAGGGUCAAAAUGAAUGCAGUCUGCUUUUGAAUUGCUUUGGGAUUUUGUCACAUGAAUUUAUUUGGUAUGGGGUCAAGGCCGUUGGAGUCCGCAGUUGCCCGCUAACGUCUCGGUCCCGAUCGUCUCGCGGUGGAUGUUUGCCGCGUUCCCGGCUUCGUUUCUUUAGGCUUUAUCCCGUAAUUCCUCGCAGGUGUCUAGAAGAGAAGGGGGAACAUUAGCGAUCUAGGUUUUCAUCUCAGUUCUUUUGUAAACGUCUAAGCGUGAAGCAUAUUUGCUUUCCUUGUAACUACUGUAUCCUCUUCUCAAUCGGCACUGGAUUCCGAAGGAAAGAAGGGUAGGCUAGAAUAAUGAGGUAGUCAGGAUUUUCAGAAGAUUCCGUUCAUAAUGUACAGGGUCGAUAAAGAACAGUUUUCAUCGUGCACCUCUAAGAGAUUCUCCUCGACAUUCUUUCUCCAAUCUCUGACCGUUGAAAUCCUCUUUUUGAAGUGCACAGACCCAGAUUCCUGGCCUUACCUCCAAAUCCCUGGCCCCGAGUCAUGCGAUCUGUGUUAUUGCUGGCAGAUGUCUUUUUGAAUAGUGACAUAUCUUGUUGGAAAGCAGGGUGCGACACUAUCGAGGAAGAGUAGAAAAUCCUCCGCUUCCCGGUAACGCUCAUUGGGCUCAGUUCCCCCUAUUUGGAAAAACAUAAACCCUCCGCUGCUGGCUUGUCCUUCCGCCGGAUAGCACCUGCUUUGUCGAGACAUGCGGAGUCUCGCUCCGUUCUAGCAUAUGGCCGUUUUGCCACACAACCCCGGACGCCUGCAUUUAUACACCCUUCAAAAUACCGAUGAGUCUAGCGCCGUUUCUUAGAAGAAAAACACUGCCUGUUCUGGUACUGGAGAGAUCAAACUGCAUAGCUUCGUAGUUUGCCAUCUGUCGGUUAGACCGGUAUUCUUUGGCCCUUCAAUCUGCGGGAAGGCAAGUGAGCUUUUCCGUCACGGUGACCGCCAGAAGCGGAUUCAACCAGUUUUCAAUCUCCAGUGCACAGUGUUUAAAUGGUGUCCGUGGGUCUGAGUUUUGCGCCGAUUCAGGUACUCUAUAGAAAUGAGCACUGUCUCCUUUGUUUCCGUAGUCCAUCUAAACCCUUUAGAGUAAUUCCAUUUACGGAGUAAACCAGACCCGCUCCACUCACCGAGCCAGAUCUUCCUAGCGCCCAGCAUACACCUGGGAAGGCAGCCAGGGAUAGAAGCGGCCUGGACUCUUGCAAGCCACUGGGGCGUUUGGUGCACUGAAGUCUUUACUUACCGAAUCGACCCCUGAUGGUCCGAGAGCCUGCCCGGCCUUCCAAGACCCGUCGUGCCCGGAGAAGGCCGUCCCCUGCGUCCGUUUGCCUCUUUCUGAUGUAGAUGUUUUCAUUUUGGCCCAAACACAAUCAUUUCUGCAUCCUAGCAAUCCCUCUGAGAGAUAACUCAAGCUUCUUGGCCCUGGCAGCCAACUCACAGUGAAAGUAGAGCAAACCAGUGUUUCGGGUAUUGGGUAGGCACUCUCUACCUUCGAUUUAGACUGACCGGGUUUUACGUUUUGAAAGAGAAUCCCGAACUUCGGAAGUAGACAAAAUUGUUUUAAAUUUUAUCUCUGAAUUAAAAAGAACUGGAACUACUGUAUAUUCUUGCUGUACAUCCGAAACCGAGAAAUGCUGUAUUAAAAUAUCUGCCUAAAAUAUUUUUGUGUUUAUUUUUAAAAAUGUGUUUCCUUGUAUAAAGCCUUCCCCUCCUCUCCGUAAAAAGGUUAGUUUCUUCUGUUUAUGGGUCUCGUCAGUUGACUGGCAUUCCUUCAUUAUCCCGUAAAAACCGUACGUCGCCGGACGCGUUUUGCGGGAAGACGGUAUUAAGUUUAAUUCUCCGUGUGUCUGUCCCAGACAUCUUGGCAGAACAGUAUUUCACAUGCAUUUUUCAGGUGCGAGAUAUCUAGUACCGUGUCGGCGGGUGAAACGUACUACAUCGCUUUAACCCCAAAUGUCAGGUUUCUGUCGAAAUAACUUGCGAAGUAAUGGAAAUGUUUCGACUUUAUUCUUUCUUCCUCUAAAUUAUCCGUUCACCAUUUGGUCGCGGACACGUGCGUCGCGGUUUAUUCGACGUACGGCCGGAGACGCGACGGACGUCACGGGACGACGGAAGGACGGGAAUCCGUCGACAUCCCUUUCGGGACCUAGAUCUCCCGCGGGGGUGUCGCGCAAGAGUCACGUCCCCGACCUCGGGCGGAUCACGUCCCGGCGGUCGGGAAACCCCGAGCCUCUUCGAGGGACGUUCUCCGGGACUUUAUCCCGCCACAGACCUGGGGACUCCUGCUUUCCCACCCCUCCCCUCCUUUCGUACGGAGGUGGGAUCGCGGCCGGAUCCGCGGAUAAGAGAUGCGGCGCGGUCCGUCUCUGAAAGGAUCAUCCGGGCAUCCCGUUCGCUACGGUGAGAGAGGGAACGCCGGUGCCGAGGAGCUGAAGAACGGUACCGUCCGACUGCGACUUUUAAAUGAAACCCAUCUCGGGGAAUCGUUCGGGAAUCGUUCGGGGAGUCUCUGUAAGAUCUCCGGCCCGCCCCCCCGGAGAUAUGCUGACGAUCCGCCCCGUGUCGAUCGAUAAAAGCCUCCGAAAGUAGGUAGGUAUCCCCAGGUUUCGCCGCGGCGCCGAGACGGAGGCCGAGAGGAAAUCGGGAUGACAUUUACGCCCUAAACCGUCGUAGCCGUCCGAUGUUGUACUCGGUAGACGUGUGCAUCGUACCCUCUUAGAGCUGUCCCAGAGAAUCGUCCCAAUAAAGAUACAGCCGUAAAUCUC